GUUAUUUAAAAUGCACAUUCAUACCGUCGGUUAAGUAUACAUGUCCAAAUAUUUGUACAUCGAUGAAGAAAACUACUGAGAAGGAUUCAUAUCAGUAAAACCACAUUAUGUGUAAAAGUUACGAGUUCGUAAGAUUUUAUUAGCAGUUAACGCUAAAUUGCGCGUCUCAGCGUUGUAAAACAUAACGGAAUGUUGCUUUUUAAAUGAUAAUACGCUUUAAUUAAUGACUUUGGAGUGAGUGAAGUGGUUACUCCAUAAGCCAGCAUACUCAGUCCACAUCUGAUGUAUGUGCAGUAAUAUAUGAAUUAGUUGAAGAGCUUGUCUGAAGGGGCGGAUCUGAGCACCGAGGCGCUGCUGACACUUAAUGCACUCUGGUCGAGCAGAAACGCGCAGACAUCGAUCAUGCGGGAGAUCAGGAAUUUGCCUCUCCAAAUAUCCGAGUAAGUACCAAAGCUAUUUCUUGGCUGACCUAAUCUACGAGGAAUGAGCAGACUGUGUCAUGGGUAUGAGCCAUUGCACCAUCCCUGAGCGUCGGCAGAAGCCUGAGAAGGACGCAAGGGUGUGCACUGUGUUAUAAGAACAAGCGAGUGGAUAUCCAGACAUCGGAGAACGAAGAGCAACCACGUGAAUUAUGUCUUACUAUAACCGAGAACUGGUGGUAUUUUUUAUUAAAUAUAAACUCUCACAGAGGAACUACCCCUACAAUCACAUUGAAUUUACAGAAGACACAAAUCGGACUGAUGCGGCGGAAGGGAAUGAUGAUGAGAGGGCAGCAGGAACGACGAGCCUCGUUAAUGGCUCCCUAAACGGAACAAGUACUGAUUCCAAUGGGACCCCACCAAGGUCCCCCGCUUCAACCCCUCAGCGUCAGACAAACGGGACUGGGGGUCUGGAUGCAGUAAAGGAGGCGCUUCGCGAUUCUGCCAACGAGUUUGAGCUGCGUUAUGCCCAAGCAUUCAACGACCUGUCCUCGCAGCUCCACAUCACGCCUGCCACAGCUUACCAGAGCUUCGAGAGCGUGAUGGAUGAGGUGUUCCGCGACGGCGUCAACUGGGGCCGCGUCGUGGGACUGUUUGCCUUCGGAGGGGCUCUGUGUGUUGAGUGCGUGGAGAAGGAGAUGAGCCCGCUAGUGGGAAGCAUCGCAGAUUGGAUGACCGUCUACCUAGACAACAAAAUUCAGCCCUGGAUCCAGAGCCAAGGAGGAUGGGAACGCUUUGCAGAGAUCUUUGGAAAAGAUGCAGCAGCAGAGAGCAGAAAAUCACAAGAAAACUUCAAAAAGUGGUUGCUGGUGGGAAUGGUCUUGCUCACGGGUAUUGUGGUCGGGUCACUUAUUACACAGAAACGCCUGUGAGGAUCAGGAUAACUGAAGAUCCAAAUACACCCACUGCUUCAAUUAGAACUCCUGCUAACAUGAAGAAACGUAAAAAAAAAAAAAAACCAUUUGUUUUGGAUUUAUUUGUUUCCCUUUUAUUGCCAAGAAGUUUGAUGUUUACAUCCCACCAUGUACUGUUGACUGAAUGGAGCGCAUCUGAUGUGAUAUCACAUGAUCCAGACUGCAUGAGGGGGCUUUGCUUUUUAGCUGACUUUGAUCUAGAGCUGACUAGGAUCUAGCUAACCCAUGUCUCCUUAAACCCUGUUUAACAAAAUGAGAAAAAUGACUAAAGAAGAACAUUUGAUAAAAAACUUCUUUCUUUGUGUCUGUAAUUGUUAUUUUUUGUUGUUUAUAAAUAAUUAUUUUCAGCUUUAUCAUAAGUCUUUUUAAGUAUCCUUAAUAUUUUCUCGUUUUCAGAGACUGGCAAAACUGAGAAGGAUACAAACAUUUUAUCUUUGAAUCUAAUUUAAGCUUUUUUGUGAUUCUUGAGUUAAUGACCCAAUGAGAGAGAAGUAGUCAUUUAAUCCGCACUGACAUUUUUAAGGAAAGUUAGGUGCUGAGAACAGAGAGGAACCUCUUUGGGCCCAGCACUACAUUUGAGGGCCUGCUUCCCCUGUGAUCUCUCUAUCAUUAGAGGACAGUGUGGAGAGCAGAUGAAAAAUGUCUGUGUGUGUGUGUGUGUUCACCCAAUUAUUGUUCUGUUUUUUUCCAGUGCAAAUUUGAUGAGGAUUUAAAUGUGUGAAAUCCUCUGGAGCAUCUAAAUUAAAGGACCAACAGUUAUGAUAAAUUGUUUUGUUGUGAAAGAAAGUUCUGUAUGUUCAUUGCAGUUUGAUUUAUUAAACCUAACUUCAGCUUCAGAUGAAACUCUUUAUACCUUAGAGAUUGUUGUAACUAGAGCUAGAGGAGACACCGAUACACAAGGAGUAAGUUAAGCAGGUCACUCUUGAUGUAUGUGUGGCUACCUUUCACUGUGUACACAGAAAAUGUAACCGAAAACGGCAGAAAGAUUAUUAGAAUAUUAGAUUAAACCAUAUUGCCACAAGA